CUCUUGAUGCAAAAAAUACAGAAUCAAAUGUGAUUCCAGCGUAGUACUUUAAGUAACGGGAUUGAAAGCUUUCCUGCGUAAAUCCAGAGUGUCGUCUAGAUAUUUCUGUCUGCUAUGAAUUGCUUGGUCUGCUCGUACGCAUAAUAUACCGUACUUUCAUACUGAUACUUUGACUCAUACAGCGUUCCCGACAAUUUUAUAGAAUGCAUCGUUCGAUUAUUUCCCGUUAUCCAUUAAUUUGUUACAUUUACGUGCUUAAUAAUGGAAAUGCGGGCUAAUGGAACAGAGUGAAAUGCUGUACAGAAAGGGGAAAAAUCGAAACUUUUAGUUGCAUUUGCUGUUUAGGCUCUGUGCAGCUGGCAAUUUGUGUGAAGUCAUAAACCAUUUAGUUUUUUGCAGUGAUGGUUGUAAAUGUGAUUUUUGGGUGAUCUUGUAUGGGUCGUUUAUCGGCAUUUUACAAGAUUUGCUUUAUAAUUAAAAUUCUGUUUCCUGGUGAUCUUUCAGUGAAGUUCCAGUUUUGGUGUUUUGGCUCUUGUUCGCGUUAGCGUUUACAUUACAUCUACGUAUCAUCAUCAUACCAUGGGUAGCCAUACGGAAGUGUACAAGUGCUCUCUACGAGAGAAUGGACGUAAUUUUGCCGUGAAAAUUGUGGAUGUAGCCUUGUACACGACAACACCCGGGCUGAGCACGGAAGAUCUGAAGAGGGAAGCAUCCAUUUGCAUCAAGCUCAAGCAUCCUCAUAUUGUGGAACUGUAUAAUACCUACGCGAGUCGCGAUGGAAAGUUGUACAUGGUCUUCGAAUAUAUGGAAGGCGCUGAUCUCUGUUAUGAAAUUGUCAAACGCGCCAGCGCCGGAUUUGUGUACAGCGAAGCGGUGGGCAGCCAUUACAUUCGGCAAGUGCUGGAUGCCUUGCAUUACUGCCAUAUUAACAACAUUGUCCACCGUGACUUGAAGCCCCACAGUAUUGUCCUGGCAUCCCGGGAAAAUUCGGCACCGGUGAAAGUCGGCGGGUUCGGGCAUGCUGUGGAGAUGGAUCGCUAUGAUCUGGCACCCAUCCGCGGGCGGAUAGGGUCGGCGCAUUUCAUGAGCCCCGAGAUGCUGCAAGGCAAACCGUACGGAACGGCCACGGAUAUAUGGAGCUGUGGAGUUUUGUUGUUUGUUAUGCUCUCGGGUAAUCUGCCUUUCCAGGGGACCAAAGAGCGAUUGUUUGAUGCCAUUUGUAACGCCAGAGUUUCGAUGCCAGGGAAAACAUGGGAUCAUAUAUCCGAUUAUGCCAAGGAUCUCGUAUUGAAGAUGCUAACGGUGGAUGCAGCGGAGCGCAUCACUGCGGCUGAAUGUCUGGAUCAUCCGUGGUUGAGGGAAAGGGAAAAAUGUGUCAAGCGCGUCCAUCUGCCGGAAACUGUGGAGGAAAUGAGGAAGUUCAAUCAGAGACGAAAAUUGAGGGGAGCGGUACUGGCGGCUGUGAGUAGUCCCAAAUGGAAUGCCUUCUAUAGUGAUUCCCAUACGGAUAGUCCCACGUCGGCCCUGACCGAGUACGGUAUGGAAAUGGAUGAUCCGGCUACUUCCUCGGCGGCUGUGAGCCUGGUGCUGGAUAGCCUGGAUGAAAUUCAGUGUCUGACCAAUUUGCGGGAUAUUGAGAAGGAUUUCUUGCAUGAUAUUCUGGAGGAUACGACGCUCCAUACUCUGCUCAACUUAUACGACCGGAUUGGCAGUCAAGGUCAGACGGGGACUGUGCGACCACGAAGUGGGGAUGCGGUGGGAUUGAUUGUUGAUGUUCUGGAGACGCUAGAUGAAACUUCGGAAGAUGCUCAACCGGACGCUGAGGAAUUACGCCGGCUUCUAAAUCAGCCUCAUUUGAGGGCCUUAAUACAAGCUCACGAUGUGAUUGCCCACGAAGUGUACAGCCCGGAGGCACGGGCCCGUUCCCUCUCACCCCAAUCCUUCCCAGUGAGCGCUGCCGCUCCCGGCCAAGUCAAUGGACCGGGCUCCGACGGCACCGGCAGUAGUGCGGCCAACGUCUCCUUCCACAAUGUGCCCAACGCGGUCUCCCCGCCGCCUUACCAUUCGGCCACCACCGGCUCCCCGCCACCUUCCUCCCAUCCAUCACGCUCGCAUUCGGCGCACAAUCAUGUCACGCAGGCGCAGGCCAACACCCACGGGAGUGCGCGCAGUGUACGGGACAUGGUCGACGCUCAAAGCCAUAUGGAUGCCUACUCGCCGACGCCGUCGGGUGGGCAGAGUCUGACUAAGGUCCGACUGGUGCAGCUGUACAAGAACGCCAACGAACGCUUGGGAUUCACACUCAAAUUGGACGAAGCUGGGCGUUGCACAGUGGCACGGAUAUUACAUGGAGGCCUUAUUCAUCGCACAGAGACACUGCGUGUUGGCGAUGAGAUUAAGGAAAUCAAUAACAUCCCCGUGGCCAACCAGAGCGUGGAUAAACUGCAGCGGAUGCUGAAGGAUGCGGCCGGAGCCAUUUCCUUCAAAAUCCUCCCCAGUCGUCGGCCUCCGCCGGCUGUUUGUGAAGUACACGUCCGGGCGCAGUACGACUAUAAUCCCAAGGAGGAUCCCAUGAUCCCCUGCGUGGAUGCCGGAUUGGCCUUCACUGUGGGCGAUAUUCUGCAAGUUAUCAGCAAAGAGGAUCCCAAUUACUGGCAAGCUCGGCACGUGGAACAGCCCGAUUUACCGGCUGGGCUCAUUCCCAGUCCAGAGCUGCAGGAAUACAAAAUAGCUUGUUUAACGAUAGAACGCUCCCAGCAGGACAAUUCACAUUGCGCGUGGUUUGGGAAAAGGAGGAAAAACCGUGAUAAAUAUUUUGUAAAGAAUUGUGGCCUUCUUGACCAGCUGGAAGUUGUGACCUAUGAGGAGGUGGUUAAACUGCCGUAUUUCGAAAGGAAAACUCUCGUCCUACUAGGUGCCCAUGGCGUCGGUCGGCGGCACAUCAAAAACACGUUAAUCACGAAUCAUCCCGACAAAUAUGCCUAUCCUAUUCCGCACACGACACGGUCGCCCAGGAAAGAUGAAAUUAAUGGGCGAAAUUAUUUGUUUGUCAGUCAAAAAGAGAUGUUGGCCGAUAUCGCCAACAACGAAUAUCUGGAGUACGGUACACACGAGGAAGCGAUGUAUGGGACCAAACUGGAGACAAUCCGGCAGAUUCAUCGCUCCGGCAAAGUGGCCAUUCUCGAUGUGGAACCGCAAGCGCUCAAAGUGCUCAGAACCUCGGAAUUUGCUCCCUACGUGGUAUUCAUUGCCGCGCCCUCGCUCAGCAACUUUCAAGAUACUGACGGUAGUCUGCAACGACUAGCCAACGAAUCGGUGGUAUUGGAAGCGACAUUUGGGCAUUAUUUCGACCUUGUCUUGGUUAAUAAUGACAUCGAUAUGACCAUUCAGCGACUGGAAACGACUAUGGAGGAUAUUCACAGUCAAGCACAAUGGGUGCCCGUCAGUUGGGUAUAUUAAUAUGGAGAGAAAGAAUGGGUCGCUCCUUCCGCUAAAUCUCACAGUUGGGAACAUUCAGCCCGUUGCAAAUCCAAGUGCCAUUUGUUCUUCUUUUCGUUGCGAUGGAUUUCAAAAAUUCGUUGUUUUUCUACUACAUUAACGAUUUUACUGCACAGCUACAGUUGCAAAGUUUGCCGCGGUUUGGUUUUGAUGCGUAAAAUAUGGUGGUUUCGCUGCGUGCAAAGUGGGAAAUCACGCUCAAGCAGAUGUUCAGUCUCCGAUUCGAAAGAAAUAAAUUAACGA